AUGGAAGUCCAAUCAGCAGCAAGCGUAAGAAUUCACGCAUACGGUGAUUUUGACUCAAUAGUGGUCGAUCAAGUACCAAUCCCUGAACUUCAGGACACUCAAGUCUUAAUUAGAGUUGAAUGCGCCCCAAUCAAUGUUAGCGAUCUUGCUCAAGCUUUAGGAGGUUAUCAAAGGAAAAAUAUUCCUUUCACCCUAGGAAACGAAGGCAGUGGCACUGUAGUAAAAAGUGGCAGUCAUGCAUAUGCUCAAUCUCUUGUCGGAAAAAGAGUUUCAUUUAUCGCAGAUUCUUAUGGGACUUAUGCUGAAUAUUCUAUUGCUUCUGCGUUUUCUGUUUUUCCUUUGAAAGACACUGUCACUUUCGAGCAAGGAGCAAGCUUGAUUGUAAACCCUAUGACUGUUGCCUAUAUGGUUGAUAAGCUUACUCCCUCUAGCUAAAAGAGAAAUCUUUAAAAAUUUUAUACAUAUUUUAAUAAAAUAAAAGCUCACUUUAAUUUUUGCAAUCUAUCUUGAAGUCUGAUCAAAUAAUUAUAUUUGUUUAUUGCAUCAGAAUAUUUUUCAGCUUUAAAAAUAGCAUCUGCUAUAAAUAUAGAUUUCUCUUCUAGAUUUAUUUAAAUUUUUACAAGUAUGGAUUAUUUUAUAUUUGAUAAUAAAUUUAAAAGCUCAAAAAUAUAAAUUCGAUGAAAAUAUAAGUUGAAAAAUGUUUACUAUUGAGGAUAGAGUUAAAGAAGGAAAUCACACGUCAGUAGUCAUUGAUGCCGCAGCUUCAGCUUUGGGAAAAAUGCUCAUCAGAUGGUGUAAGCUGCUAAAUAUCACGGCCGUUAAUUUGGUAAGGAGACAAGAGCAAGUGGAUAUUUUAGCUUCAAUAGGGGCUGAGCAUAUAUUCAAUACUUCAGAUGAUGGAUGGAAAGAUGCUGCAAAAGCUGUAACCAGCCAACUUGGAACUAAAAUUGGGUUUGAUGCAAUCGCUGGAAGUGCUACGCAAGAUAUGCUUGACUUAUUGGCAGAAGAAGGAGUUGUCUAUGUUUACGGAGGACUUUCAGGACAGCCUGCUCAGGCCAGUCCUAUGUCCUUAAUUGGGGGUGAUAAAACUGUUAAAGGGCUUUGGCUUGUAAAUUGGUUAAAGGUGCUAUCACCUGAAAGAAAGGUCGAAGUUGGAUAUGAGAUUCAAGAUUUAAUUGGGGAUGUGCUGAAGACUGAUUAUCAUACUGAAGUAGGCCUAGAUGGAGUUAAAGAUGCGUUUAAGCAGUACUCUGCUAAAAAGACUGACUCUAAGUUUUUAAUCAGAUCAAGAAGGGCCUAA